GCGCAGUUUAUCGAGUAGAAAGAUGCGCUGAUGGCUUCUAGACAUUUUAAAGAUGAACCCGAGACGGAUUUUGAGUCAGACGUACGCGAAAAUAAGGAGGACGAAACUGAUUCUGAAGCAUCAAGUGACAGUUCCUCAGAUUCCUCCGAUGACCUUGAGCCGGAAUGGCUGGAUGACGUCCAGAAGAACGGUGAGCUCUUCUAUCUGGAGCUGAGUGAGGGAGAGGAAGAAGCUCUGCUGGCCCAGGUCUCUGCCAGUCACUCCGCUGCCACCAAUCACGUCCGCUUCAGCGAAAAGGAGGCGGAGAUCAUCACAGACAAUGGCAAAAAGCAAGCGACCUCCAGCAGCAAAACCGAAGCAAAACUCAAGAAGUUCACCAACAUCCUGAGGCGAAAGCGGCGACCAUCUCAAAGGAAAGCCGCUGAUGGAAAAGACGCAGGGUCUUCCCAGCGUCCCACCUCCAUCUUGAAGAAUCAAGCGGGCCAGCGGCCUGGAGUCGUGGUCCAGCAGCAGCGUCUGAAGGAUGUGUGCGUGUAUCUGAACCCCAAACGUCUCGGCGGUUCCUCGUCUCCGUCUCCUGAGAGAGGCGGUUUGUUAGAGGCCUUGCUGGGUGUCGUUCACCGUCCAGGAGGAAAUGCAGGGAAAAAAGGGGGAAAACUCAUCAUCCAUGGUCUGGUCCCUCACAGUCCCGCUAGCAAGUGUGCGGAAAUUCUUAUCGGUGAUGCCCUGGUUGCUGUGGACGAUGUGGAUGUUACUUCAGAAAACAUUGAGAGGGUUUUGUCAUGCAUACCGGGCCCCACACAGCUGAGGUUGACUCUGGAGACGGUCUGUCCCGCCGGGAGGGCUCCGGACUCGAGAGCGAAAGCGGCUCCUGUGGUCAGUCAGCUGGUGCGUCUGCUGUGGGGCGAGGACACCGUCGAGCUCCAGAUGUCCAUCGCACAUGUCCCACACAUAGUCAUGUACCUCUCGCUCAAACUGGACUCCGAUUCGCUGCAGGACGAGCAGGAGAUUUUGUACCAGUAUCCGGUGUCUGAAGCCGCGGUUCAGCUGAAAGCGGUGAGAGGUAUUUUCCUGACGCUGUGUGACAUGCUGGAGAACGUCACGGGAGGACAGAUAGUCAGCUCGUCUCUGUGGCUCCGGCAGCAGUUGGUUCAUGUGGGCUACUGGAAGGAAGGAUCCAGUCUGCUGGUGAUCGCUGUACCUGCCAGCAGGGUGCCUCUGUUGUAUCUGCAGACUGUGAUUGAGGGAGCUGUCCGAACGCUCAAGGUCAUGCACGGCUCUCUUGACAGCUGCUUCUGUGAGGAGGAGAACGCUCCUCGUCUGGAUCACUUCUUCUGCCUCUUCUUCCAGCAGCUCAUCCAGCCGUGGCGUUUGAUUGACAGCUCCAGACCGCCCAGCCCUGACAUCUCAGGGAGCCUGUUCUUAGACGGGCUGCCGGCCGUCCGCUGGCUCACUUUACCAGCAGACAUAAAGGUGGAAGUGGACACUGUGCUCUCAGACUUUGAGUCGUCAGAUUUUGGGGACAUGGGAUAUCUCAUAGCGAACCACCUGCCUAAAGAAGACCUUCUGGACGUGUGUUUGUAUUGUCAGCAUUACUGUCUGCUGCCGCUGGCGUCGGAGCAACGCGUGGGGCAGCUGGUGGUGUGGAGGGAGGUGUUUCCACAGCGGAGAAACCAGAACAACACUGCAUCACAUCCUGGAUACUGCGAACCACACGGAAGACACUUCCUGCUCAUAGUGGGCCUGAGGCACUUCAUGCAGUGUGUGUUGCUGGAGGCCGGUGGUUGUGCUUCGCUCGCUCUGGGAUCUCCAGGUCCCGACUGCGUCUAUGUGGAUCAGGUCAAAGCCACACUCCUUCAGCUGGAGAGUCUGGAUGCUGCCAUUGAGGAGCGGCUCUCGGCUCCGCCCACUCCCUGCCUCUCUUGCGCCGAUUGGUUCCUUCCUGCCGGUGGGCGGGACCGACAAGACGGCAUCAGCAGCUCGCCAAUCCUCAGCCGUCUGACGGCAGCCAUCAAACCCCCGUCGCCGGGCGGGAUGGGGCGGAGUCUGUUCGGGGAGGCGGGGUCAGGCUCGUCGAGUCUGAGAGGACGGAGGCAGAGUCCACAGAGGAGUCUGUCUGACAGCGGCAGCGAGGGUCACGCCGACGGGACGCCGUCCUUCACAUCGGGUCUGAGUCCUCAUGCCACACCGGACGCAGUGCACCGGAUGCCCUCUAGUAGCACACGCAGAGACUCCCUGGGCUCGGGAGGGUCAGACGGCAGCCUGGGCAGCGCAGGAUUUUUCAAGAUUCCCAGGUCGAAGCAUCCUAACCCUUUCUAUCUGGGCUCGUUGAGGAAGAGUCUGACUGACAGAGAGACUGAGGAGAUGCACAGCGUUCUCAAACUGACGACGGGUGCUGAGAACACACUCUUCCAUUACGUGCUGAUGGAGACGGUGCAGGGCAUCUUCAUCGCUCCCACACACAGAGAAAUUAAUCAUCUGAGCGGCUCCAUCCACCCACAGCUCAUCCAGAACUUCUACCACUGCUGUCUGUCCAUACGCCAGGCCUUCCAGCAGAGCCUGCCCUCACGGGACCGCAGAGGGUCGGAGCGGCCGCAGAGCACUCGAGGUUUGGGUCCGGUCAAAGAACAUGGAGUUUUGUUCCAGUGCAAACCCGAGAACUGGACCGAUCAGAAGAAACCAGCGCCCACCAUGACCUACUGGGUUAUAGGGCGAAUGCUUCUCGAACCCAUUCCUCAAGAGUUUUACGUGUGCUUCCAUGACUCCGUGGCUGAAGUUCCUGUGGAAAUGGCCUUCCGGCUGUCGUUCGGCUUGGCCGUGUAGCACUGUAACACGAGCACAGCGUCAGACAGCACAGUCUGCUCUACGACAAGCUUUUUGGGAGGUAAAUCCACUAUAGACGCGGACAGAAAACUACUGGUUCAUGUUUAAAGGAAAAGAGCAGCCAAAAAUGAAAAUUUGUUGAAAAUGUCCUCACUCUCAGGGCAUCC